AUGCUCCAGGAGUCACUGGGGGCAUGUGCUGGAGGUCAGUUAGCUCCCCGGUACGCUUUAACAAAGGACAGGGGCCUGGUGCUGAGUGGGAAGGAGGGUGAGGCACGUAGAACUAUGAAUUUUGUGGCCCGGUUGCUUUACUUGAAGGAACCACUGAACCGAAGUCCUCGGGCUCACUUUGGAGGUGAAGAAGAGUAUGAUCUAUUCUGGCCAAGCUAUGCUGAGGAGAUGAUCUCCAAGAGGAACGAUGAUAAAGAAAAAUCUGAAGCUCCCAUCCUUCCAGAAUGCAUCUAUGAAGAAGAGCCCUUGGAAAACAGCAGCCUUAGUUCAUGUCAGUCACCUGAUCAGCUUGAGCAGUUAAAUGAUUAUUUAGAAGAGGAUGAUAUUGAAGGGAAUAUUAAGACAUGGAAACUGAUGGUGCUAGAGCAUGGAGAUGAGCAUCCAAUCAUACCAUCUACACCCCCACUCUGCAUCCAAACAACCAACUUCCAGUUGAUCGAAUUGGAAGAUAUUAAAAAAGCAGCCUCGCAGAUCGAAGGGAGUGUCCAGGUCACUCCAUGCAUGCACUCUAGACUGUCCAAGAAAUAUGGCAUGGAGCUCUUUCUAAAGAAGGAAUUUCUCCAGUACACAGGCUCAGUGAAGGAGCGAGGAGUAUUGAAUAUCUUGACAUCCCUGAAGCAGAUCCAGCAGAAAAAGGGAGUGAUCGUUGCCUCUGACAGCAACUUCUCCAUGGCUGUGGCCUUCCAUGCAACUGAACUUCAGAUUCCGGUGUUUGUCAUCAUGCCCAGCAAUACCUCUGUGGCAAGCGUGAAGAUGUGUCGGGACUACGGCGCUGUGGUGAUCACCUUUGGUGGGUCAGCCAAAGACUCCCGGACUCAUGCCCAACAGCUAGCCAAGAAGAAUGAUUAUCUCUUUUUGGAGGAAGAAGACAGCCUCGAGUACGUCUCUGGUCUGGGAACUAUGGGGUUGGAAAUCUUCAGGCAGGUACCAAGCCUGGAUGCAGUGGUGUUCCCUGCUGGAGGCCCUUGUGCACUUCUGGCAGGCUCUGCAGCUGCACUGAAGCAGCUGAGCUCCCAAAUCUCUGUGAUUGGUGUCCAACCUGAGAGUUUCCCUAUCCUAAAGCAUUCUCUGAAGGUAGGUCAUCCAGUGGAGAGCCAAGCCGGGGGCGGCCACCUGUUCUAUAAAGACUUGAGUGAACCAUGCUCCAGAAAAAAUACCCUGCAGCUGGUGGGGCAGCUUGUGGACAAGAUUGUCACAGUGACGGAAGAAGACAUUUUGAUUGCCAUGCUGAGGCUGCUGGAGUAUGAAAGAGCCACUGUAGAUGCAGAAGGUGCCAUUGGUCUAGCUGCUAUUGUGGCCGGGAAGUUACCAGAGUUAAAAGGCAAAAGAGUGAGCGUGGUCCUGUGCAGUGGAAACCUUAGCCUGCCCCUCUUACAGCAAUGCAUCCAGAGGGCCCUGACCCUGGAUAGCCAGACCUGCAAGUUCUCUCUCUGGAUACCUGACAAUGCAAGGGACAUGGCCAAGCUGCUGGAGGUUCUUGACCGAGAGGUAGUAAGGGUGCUGGACAUUCAGAAGGAACAUGGAUUUAUGACCUCUAAGCUCUUCAUGACAAAGGUCACCUGUGUUACUGAGACUAGAGACAAGCAACAAGCAACUCAGCUCCGGAAUGCCCUCUUAGAACGCUACCCAUCCCUGGAGUGGAUGUAGCAGUGAGGGAAAAUUACAUCACUAACACUAGUUACAGAAGCCCUUAUGGUUGUAGACCCCUCGUGGCCAGAGCAGGAGGUGGGCUUGUGAAAAGCAGUGGCAAAAAAAAAUGCUGAGGGAAUAUCCAUAGAGUGUAAAUGAAAAGAAGGCAGAGAUCACAAUGUUGUAGAAUGGGAAAGCAUUCAGUUUGGAGUCAGAAGUUCGAAACCUGGCUCGGUUACUUACCACUUGUGACCAUUCUAAGAGAGUCAUAACCUCUGUGGGUUGAAAGUUCCUUAUCUGCAAAAAUAAUAUUUAAGACCUCAAUUCAGAUUGGACUGUGUGCAUAUAAACAUUUCCUGCAGCACCUAGUGUAGUGCUCUGCCCACAACAGAAGCUUAAUAAAUGUUGGUUGAAUCAA